UUAUAUGGAAAGUUAUGGGAUAUAUUAAAUCUUUCUAUCUUUUAUGCUAUUACAAACAAAGAAAGGUAUCACUCGAGUAGUAGUAGUAGUAAUAAUAAUAGAGCAAAGGAAAUUACCAUUCUGAAAUUCAUUGAACAGAAUAAAUACUUAUCAUAAGAAUUAUUACUGAUUUUGUACACAUGUCGACUGGUGGUUAUCAUCAUGCAAUAAUUUUAUCACCUGCUUUCUAUGCAAGACAAUGUUAUUCAGAUAAUAUCAGUAAUGAUUCAUCAUAUUGGAAACAUGAAGAUGCUGCUAGACAUUUAUCAAAUCAUGUUAUGAAUAAAUAUCCUAAUUUAAAUGUUUUAUGUUUAAAUAAUUCAACUUAUAUGAAAAAUGAUCUCUGGUCAGAUUCAACACGAAUUAAUGCUUGUUUAUUUUCUCAAGCUAGUCGUAUUGUUUUAUUUAUACCGGAUGAUGCAACUGAACAUAUUACUUAUUUCAGUCGACAUUGUUUACAUCCAUUACUAUGUAGAUCACGUGAUCAAGGUGGGCGACCAGAAUGGCAUUCACGUUUUAUUGCUGUUGCUAUAGGUAGUGUACAAGUGCCAAAUCAAUUAAAUCCAGAUGUACCAUUUAUAAAUGUGAUACGUUUUCGUGAAAUAGGAUGGUUUAGAGACAUUAUGGGAAUGAUGUUAUUGGAAAAAGCAAUUAAAGGUAAAUCCAAUACUGAUUCUAAUCAAUGGAAUGCUUGAACUGUAAAUACUUAUAAUAAUAAUAAUAAUAAUAAUCAGGCCAAUAAUUUUUAUAAAACUCAUAUUCACAUUACACUAAUAUCAAUAUUGACAAUAAUGAAUAAUCCUUAAUACAAUUACAAUUUCACGUGAUACACUCACUUUUGUGAAGAGUUAAAUCUAAUCGAAGGUGAAUUUAAUCAAUAC